GCGUUCCCGGAAGCCGCCCGGAGCUGAGGGAAGAGCGGCUGAGGAGGCAGUAGGGGAGGCAGGCGGGCUCUCGCCGCGGCUGUCGGUGGCUCGGCGGAGCCCUCCAACUCCAUCUCACUCUGCUUGUAUCUCUUCCCGUCCCAUUCAAUUGCAUUGCCUGCCGGGGGCCAUGUCGCUCUUCCAGUCCGCCCUGGACUUCCUGGCGGGCCCCGGCUCCCUGGGAGCCGCCAGCCGUGACCAGAACGAUUUCGUGGGGCAGACGGUGGAGAUGGGCGACAUGAAGCUGCGCAUCAAGCGGGUCAUUGCCGAGGGGGGUUUUGCUUUUGUCUAUGAAGCUCAAGAUCUUGGAAGUGGCAAAGAUUAUGCUUUGAAGCGAUUGUUGUCUAAUGAAGAGGAAAAGAACAAAGCCAUCAUUCAGGAAGUUUGUUUUAUGAAAAAACUUUCAGGUCAUCCCAACAUUGUCCAGUUUUGCUCUGCAGCAUCUAUAGGAAAAGAAGAAUCAGACACAGGGCAGGGAGAGUUUCUUCUGCUUACAGAGCUGUGUAAAGGACAGCUGGUGGAAUUCUUAAAGAAAGUAGAAUCUAAAGGACCUAUUUCUUGUGACACAGUUUUGAAGAUCUUUUAUCAGACCUGCAGAGCAGUGCAGCAUAUGCAUAAGCAGAAGCCUCCUAUUAUUCAUAGAGACUUAAAGGUGGAAAAUUUGCUUAUUAGUAAUCAGGGGACAAUUAAACUUUGUGACUUCGGCAGUGCUACAACUAUAGCUUACUAUCCGGACUACAACUGGUCUGCACAGAAGAGAGCAGUAGUUGAAGAAGAGAUCACAAGGAAUACAACACCAAUGUACAGGACACCAGAAAUGAUAGACUUGUAUUCAAAUUUCCCAAUUGGUGAAAAGCAGGACAUUUGGGCUCUGGGCUGUAUCCUGUACUUGCUGUGCUUUAGGCAACACCCAUUUGAAGAUGGAGCUAAACUUCGCAUAGUCAAUGGGAAAUAUGUCAUCCCACAAAAUGACACCCGCUACUCUGUGUUUCAUGAUCUCAUUCGCUCCACUUUGAAAGUGAACCCAGAGGAGAGACUGUCAAUCACUGAACUUGUGAACCAACUGCAGGAGAUUGCAGCAGCUAGGAAUGUCAAUCCUAAAUCCCCCAUCACAGAGCUCCUGGAGCAAAAUGGAGGCUAUGGAAACAAUGCUCAGCCUCGGACAUCUGUGACGUCUGUUUCACAGAGCUCCAAGCCUGCCGGGCAGCUCAACAAUUUGUACAAUGCAGGCCUGACCGUUGCGGAAUGUGACCAGACUUAUGGAGGGUUCUUUGAUAUUCUGAGGGGUGGAACAGAGCGAUUUUUCACUAAUAUUAAGGAUACAUCUUCUAAAGUUAUCCAGUCUGUGGCCAAUUAUGCAAAAGGAGACUUGGAUAUAUCAUACAUCACUUCCAGAAUUGCUGUGAUGUCCUUUCCAGCUGAAGGUGUAGAAUCUGCCAUCAAAAAUAACAUAGAAGAUGUGCGGUUGUGUCUGGACUCUAAACAUCCUGGCCAUUAUGCUGUGUACAAUCUCUCUCCGAGAACAUACAGACCUUCAAGAUUCCAUAACAGGGUUUCUGAAUGUGGCUGGCCAGCAAGACGAGCACCAAAUCUUCAGAAUCUCUAUAGCAUAUGCAAGAACAUGCAUUUAUGGCUGAAACAAGACCAGAAAAAUGUUUGCAUUGUGCAUUGCCUUGAUGGAAGAGCAGCAUCUGCUGUUGUAGUCUGUUCUUUUCUGUGUUUUUGUCGUCUCUUCACUACUGCUGAAGCUGCUGUUUAUAUGUUCAGUAUGAAACGCUGUCCACCUGGCAUUUGGCCUUCUCAUAAAAGAUACAUUGAGUACAUGUGUGACAUGAUGGCUGAAGAACCCAUUAUUCCUCACAGCAAGCCUAUCCUGGUCAGAUCAAUUGUCAUGACUCCCGUUCCGCUUUUCAGUAAGCAGCGUAAUGGCUGCAGGCCUUUUUGUGAGGUUUAUGUGGGAGAUGAGAGAAUAACCACUACCUCCCAGGAAUAUGACAAAAUGAAGGAGUUCAAAAUUGAAGAUGGUAAAGCAGUAAUCCCAUUGGGUAUAACAGUCCAAGGAGAUGUUCUCAUUGUGAUCUAUCAUGCCAGGUCAACUCUAGGAGGACGACUACAAGCCAAGAUGGCUUCAAUGAAGAUGUUUCAAAUUCAGUUCCAUACAGGCUUUGUGCCCCGAAAUGCCACUACAGUGAAAUUUGCCAAAUAUGAUCUGGAUGCCUGUGACAUACAAGAGAAAUACCCUGAUUUAUUUCAAGUCAAUCUUGAAGUAGAGGUGGAGCCCAGAGACAGGCCCAGCUGUGAACAGCCGCCUUGGGAUAACAUGAAUAUAAAGGGACUGAAUCCCAAGAUCCUCUUCUCCACCCGAGAGGAACAGCAAGAGAUUUUAUCAAAAUUUGGGAAACCAGAGUUGCCUAGACAGCCAGGUUCAACUGCACAGUAUGAAGCAGAGGCAUCCCAGUUGGAGCAGUCUUCAGAAAGUGCACCUACUGAUACAGAAUCCCCGCACAGCGGUAGUACUGAUGCAAACAACUUCUUUCACUCCCUGGACUGGAAAGAAGGAAAAACUCCAGAAAGUGGAAUAGAAGACAGCUCAUCUAAAAAUGAUUGUGUUCAGCUGUCUGAUGACAGGGAAGAGAGUGAUCCUUCAGAUGAGGAGUUCCCAACAUUUCCAGAUGAAGGAAGUGCAGUAAUUGUUGAUGAGAAAGACUCUACUCCAGAAGGAGAGUUGCUUUUUGAAGCCAGUUUUGAAGCACCAUCUGCACUGUUACAAAAAUCUCUCCCUGAAGAGAAUGUAGACUUGCUGGGACUAGACUCUGAUAUUUCAGCAGAACAGAAACAACCUAUCUCAGAAAUAAACUCGUCAUCAAGUAAUGCUGACUUGUUGAACAAUCUGUUUGUGAGCAGUGUGUCACAGGUUUCAAACGAGCACACUGGAGAUCUUCUGGGACAAGGAACAGAUUUCUUUUUCAGCAGUCAGCAUCCAGCUGCUACUCAGAGUUCAUCUUCAGCAGCAGCUGUGUCUUCAGCCGAUCCAUUUGACCCAUUCACAAUGUCGUCAAGCUCAGAGAAUCAAGCCCUGUCUGGUCCAGACCUCUUUGGGGACUUCCUUAAUCCAACCUCAACAUCUACAGCUAAUACAGUUCCUUCCACACAAAGUUCACUUCCACCUUCUUCCAGCUCAGAUUUCUUAAAUUUAGGCAAUUUAACACCAGAGCCACCUAAAAUAUCAUCGUCUACAAGCCACCCAGAUCUCUUAAGUGGGUGGGAUUCUUGGGCAGAUUCCUCAAAAACCAGCAAUGUAGCAUCACCACAGCUGAAGCCUGUUUGUGAAGGCCAAGUUUUUACCACCGGAAGCCAGUCCAGUGUGUCUUCAGGUUUGUCUUUUAGCCAGGCGAAAGCUCAGAACUUUGAUCCUUUUGCUGAUCUUGCUAAUCUGGGAUCUGGUCUUCCAGGUUCAUCCACUGGUGGACUCUUGGGUAGUGGAUUUAGUCAGAAGACUGCUCCAUCUCAGAAGCUAGGAAGUCAGUGGCAGAAAUCCUCCAAACCACAAAGUACUUCAUGGCAGUCCCAAACUAAGUCCAGCACAGCAGCUAAGCCCAACUACACAGUAAACUUCAGUGUUAUUGGGGGACGAGAAGAAAGAGGAGUCAGAGCACCAAGCUUUGGUCAGAAGCCAAAAGUUUCAGAAAAUGACUUUGAGGAUCUCUUAUCUAAUCAAGGAUUUUCAGCAAAAUCUGAUAAAAAGGGACCAAAGACAAUUGCUGAGAUGAGAAAACAAGAGAUGUCUAAAGAUAUGGACCCCUUGAAACUCAAGAUUCUUGAAUGGAUAGAAGGAAAGGAGAGAAAUAUCAGAGCAUUAAUAUCCACUCUACAUACAGUGCUUUGGGAAGGAGAAAAUAAAUGGAAACCAGUCAGCAUGGCAGAUCUAGUAACUCCUGAACAAGUAAAGAAAUACUACAGGAAAGCAGUGCUUGUGGUUCAUCCUGAUAAGGCCACAGGACAACCCUAUGAGCAAUAUGCCAAAAUGAUCUUCAUGGAAUUGAAUGAUGCAUGGUCAGAGUUUGAAAACCAGGGAUCAAAGUCCCUUUUCUGAAACUUCACCUUUCACAGAACUGCUUCCAGAAACUGAAGCUGAUCAUUGUUAUGACUUUAUUGCGCCUGAGAUUUAUGAAGCGCUUUUCCACAAUUUCAGCACAGUUUCUAGUUAUGCACUUACAUGUGGGGAUGUAUUUUGUAAGAUGUAGAGUACAAAGCAUUACAUAGAUGCAUUAAGAAAAAAGCUGCUGAAGAAAUCACAGUCUGGGAGUAAAGGUUUCUCUUCAGUUUUGUAUAAGAAAAAUAGAAUUUGAAUGAAGCUAAGUAAUAAGUGAUAGGCUAGUAUUAGUUAUAAAUCAUUCCAACUUAAUUGAUUUUUGCUGUACCUCUACCGUCCCAAAUUUGUCUGUUACUUCGAGUAGUUUUGUGAUUCAGUUUUGAUAUUUGGUGCCUGUCGCCUUCUUCAAAGUGCUUUAGUUAGCAGCAGUAAAUUUGCUUGGCUUGUCUCAAACCUAAGGGUGUAUAUUUUCAUCUGUAUUUUAUAUAAUCAAUCUGAUAAUCAUUCUGUAAAUAAUGUUUUCUGGUAAUGUCUGUGUUCCUUACAAUGGAGUAACAGUUGUUUAGCCAAAAAGACAGCACAUGUGGGAAAGUCAGACAGGGUUGUUCUGGAUUUUAUUUUUUCUUUUUACUUUUUUUUUUUUUACAUAUCAUGAAUCUAAAAAGAAAUUUUGACUCUGAGGUCUGCAUGUUCCUGCUGUUUUGUUUAUUUAUUGCAGUAGUCUGACCUGUGCUUAUUUUCCUAGUUCUUUAAAUGGUGUCUUUUGCUUCUGAAUUCAGUGGAACUUUGCUUUCAUUGCACUUCAAAUACUCUGAUAGAAACAAUUUUACUCUGAAACUUGAAGUGUAAGCACAAACCUUUUACUGUGCUUUGAUUUGUCUGAGUAUUAAAUCACUCAUUAUCAUCUGAUGAGCAUUUAAAGUGCUUUAACAAACAUUUUGCUGCAUGUUUGAACCUGUGUAUUUUUGAGAUACGCAUGGCAUCAGUGCAUGUGAAAACAUGGCAUGUCUUGGUGUACUGUUGACUUUCUGCUCACCUAUUUCCAUGCACUGCUUAGUGCAAGAUGAGUAGAGACACAGCUUGGUAACAAAACUUGCCAUGUUUUCUCAUCCCUGUUCAGAAGGCACUUUUUCACUAGUGCUGGGGUGGAUGAUGCAAACAACCAAUGACUGUUAUACUCUGUGUAAUAACAAAAUGAAAUUUUCAUAUCAAGUUUGAAAAUGUUGAAAAUUAGUGCUGAGCUAUUAAAUCUUCAGCAGCAGUCUCCUGAAACCGGACAGUUGGGCAUCCAAGGGGAUAUUUUGAUCACUUGCCUUUUUGUACAUUUUGCAUGCUUAACUGAGAGGAAAGCUGUAUUAUUAGCAGAGAUAACUGUUCAGCUGAGCAACUUCUGAACAGGAAACAUGAGAUUCUAAUGCCACCUGUAAGGUGCAUUGGAUGAGAUUUUCCACUGCUGCGCCAGCCCAAGAGCUGCUGAACACUUGCAAAGUCUAGUCUCUAGCUCUGAUACAACACAGUUACUUAUUAACCUCUGAUCAAAGGUUUCAUUUGUGUAUAUUUGCAUAUAUAUUUAGCUGCUGUGAUUUUUCUUUUUUUUUUUUUUUUGGUGAAGCUAGGAUCAGUUAUGAAUCAGGAAGGUUAUGUAUUAUUCAUAGCUGCUGUUGUAUUUUAGUUACUGCUUUGAAGCAGUCUUAAAUCUUAGUAGAUAUCUUUAUAAAUGUAUGUAACUUGCUGUCUGAUUUAAAGUAAGAGUUAAUCUUUUUUCCUUUGGAUACUUCAUUAAUUCUCUGUGUGUGUGUGUUCUUCAACCAUGGAAAUUAAAGGCUUCUGCUGGUAGGAUAGGUUUGUGGGAGACCUUUUUACAGUUCUAGGGCAAAUACUAUCUAGGAAUAGGUUUAAAAAGAAAAGCACAAAUUUAUAAUGACUUUGUAGUGCUAUAUACAAGUAAGAGAUAAAGCAUUUUUAAGGGGACUGCUUAGAAUAAGGAAGGACUGCUUUAAAAACCCAUGUUCAUUCAGCAUGUAUAGGCAACUUAAUUUUAAGGCAUACAUUUUUAAUUGCUCUUUUCUCAAAAUAUGUGUUUGAAAAAUUAAAACAUGACAGUUGGGAGGAAAAGAUUUUCUUCUGCUUUGUAUAUUUGGUUGUUUUCUGGAUGAUGUCUACAUUAAGCUUUUAAAAAUUUCUCUAGUCUUGCUUGCAAAAUUUUCUUGGAACACCAGAGAAGAACCUUAGAUGUGAUUUUAAUUAGCAGAAAAAACAUGAGUGCAGGUAUUUUACCUGGAACUGAAGAUCUCUUGAAAUUAGCUCUCUCUUUUAAAAAUUAUGGAAAUUCAAGAAGUUUGGCUAUGGAUUCUUCCAAGAGCCAUUACAUAAUUACUGAAACUUCUGUUGGAUUGACAGAGCUGCUCAGCUUAUUUUAUGGCUUAGUCAGCUCUAGUUCUGUGGGGGAACUGGCUGAUUUCUCUGUCUUUCUCCUUUCUACAUAAUUGAAUUUUGCUGCUAAGAAUCUGGGAGAAGCUUUGUUUGGUAAACUGAUAAAUCUUGACAACGAAACUAUUUGGGGUAGGGUGUUUUGAUUUUGGUUUUAUUUUUUGUCACUGUGCCAUUUCUCUGUGUUACAUACAAGAAUGUGCAAACAAUGGGGAUUUCAUAAAGAUUCUGUAAGCAAACUGUAACUUGGAAAUUAAAAAAAAGUUCAAGUGGUGAAUAUGAACAUAAUAAAUGGAAGUUUUGUUUUCUGUGCAACACAAAGCAGCAUGAGGACCACCAAAGGUGUUUCUUAGUGUAAGGCUUAUAUAUUAAGUACAAGAACCUGGGAGGAGGGAAGUUAAAGUAUAUUUCAUAUAAUUGUGUAUUGAGUCUUAAUGUUGCUUUAGUAGGAGAUGGUAAUUUGGAAGAAAAAAGUCCAGCAGUUUUAUGAAUUCAUCUUAAAACACUAAUAAAAAAUGGUAGACAAUCUGGGAUUGAGGGCUUUUCAAACUUUUGAUUUGUACUUGGUAGUUAAUUGUCUGUCUGCUGUAUGAACUAGGAGUGCACUCAAAUGACACACAUAUUUCACUGUAGUUGUGUUCUUAGUGUCUACAAACUGAAAAGCUUUUAGAGCAGGCUUCAGAAAAAAAAUAUUAAUCAGAGACUUGGCUGGAUUCUCUCUUUUCUUAAAAUGUUUAUUUUCUAUUCAUGUUAGUUGCUCAUUGCACAGUUAAGUUUUGAAGUGUUGAAGCCACAACCUGAAAGCUGAACUUUAUAUCUGCUUCUGCUGGCUGUGAAGCUUGAAGGUGAGGUCACCAGGUGUUACCUGCAGGCUGAUAUUCUGCAUGCAUGCAUGUACUCCAGGGAUUUGCAUGAGGCACUUGAGGUUCUCUUAUGAAGCACCUCCUCGACUCUUGCAGCAAGUCAUGGUGCCUGCUGGCCCGCGUUGGUUGUUCCUCUGUCUGGUAACAACACCUGACUAAUAUCAUGUAUUGUUUGCAGUCUACCAGGGCUCACUUUACAAAAGUAAGUAGGCUGAGAUGGUUAGUGCAAGAAAAAAGGGAAAACAGCACAAGAUAGAUAACAGGAAGAGUAGAGAAAAACACCAGGGCUCUAAAGUACAUCUGAAAUAUUGUUUUCUAAUUCUCUCUCCACUGACCUAUUGCUGCCUACCUCAGCUAAAAACAGGUUUAGACUGGUAGAGAGAACCUGGUUUGCAGCCUGCUUUCCAUCCCUUUUAGAACACUGCUGACUGACUGUUAACAAGUUGGAGUACCAAGUCCUUAGCUUUUUUUUCCCCCCAAAGUUUAUAUAAAGCAGGUUCAAAAAAUGUUUGGGCAGGUUUCCACUAUUUUUUUUUAAUUACAAAUUACUUGUGUUACAUUGCUGUUAGAUCUGGAGAGUCCAGCAAAAUAGCUUUCAAAACAGAGAUGUAUGAAGAAGAAUUGGUGUUAAGAGUGUGUGUGGCUGGAAUCUGCCUAAUAGAAACAAAUGAUGUAUUUUAACUGGAGGAAAUCAGUUGGUGUCUUCAACCUCAGGCAUGUCUUUUUGGUGUUUUCUAGUGCUGUCAGAGUUCCUUAGGAGCAGCAAAGAGUGUUCGUGGUUAGUUAGACAUAAAGCCUGGAAGGAAAAGGUCCUCAGCAUUGUUAGCUGGGUCAAGUUCAGCUAUUUUUCUAAUCAGUGGUAGCUUCUUCAGCCAGUACAGAACAGAAAACCUCCAAAAGCGCUGAUGAAGUACAUUUCCUUGGAACAGUGGCAGAGUCAGGGUAACUAGUGAGGGUAACUAGUGCUCAUGAAAAAUGCCUUGUUUUACCUCCAUGUUCUUGGUAAUUCUGGACAAUUCCUCCCAUUUUUUCUUGUCAAGCACAGAGCAACAGUUGGUUUGUGAAAGCUACAUGCACAAGGUCAAUUUUUUGCACAAACCAAAGCGGAGUUUGAGUAUAACAGAAAUCUCAUCAGGCCUUUGGGGCUGCUGGGUUCUGUGCACCAUUCCACUUUCCGAGGCCAGACUGCAGUUUUCCCAGCAGUGGCAGUGUUUGCAUACUUGCUGGCAGCUGCACUCACUGCUGCUCACAGAAGUGUUUUCAGGAAUAGCAUAAGUGUGGAAACCUUGUCGCUCCUUAGCUGUGUCCUUAAUUGUCUAAUAAUUGCAAUGUAACGGCUGCUUUGUAAAUAAGUUAAAAUUAUUCUUGUAUGACUCAGUUGACAUUUUCUGUCAAGAACCUGCAGGUGAUUGACCUGCGAAAGCUGUAAAAGGAAUGUAUCAUUUCCCACCCUUGAGCCUGUCCCUGGUGCAGAGCAGCUCUCGCACCCAGAAGCUCAAUGACGAGGAGCUGAGCUCUGGUUCUGAACUUGAUGAAUCUUGCAAUGCUUGCUUACUCUCUGUUUGGGUGAGCUUAUUGUGAACUGCAGCUUAGACUGCAUUAGGCUUCCAGCAUAUGCUCCAAAAAUACUAAUUCAGUACUUUUUAUGAAGGAUACAUGUUGUCAUAGAAGCUUUUAUUACCAAAAGGGGAUUAAGAGGCAUUGUGGGAACUCCCAAAACUCUAGUGGAAUGUACUGUAUAUUUGCAAUGUAGAUUUCUAGAAGUGAUUGUCAUCUCUCAUAAGGUCUUGGCUUUCUCUGAAGUCCUUAUUGUAUUUACCUGUAGUUGUGAUUGUACUUUGAAUACCUGUGUUUUUUUCUGAUUUGGAGUGUGUGGAAUGACAGAACCGACACUCAGUUCCUGGUUUUGCCAUCUUUCAGGAAAUGCAAUGUACUGUGUAAUUUUGCUACUAGUGAAAUGAAACUUAUACCUGUAUGUAUAUAAGGUAAAAUAGUCAAAUUAAGCCUUGUUUAAAAGUAGAUUUAAUGUUUGGUACAACGUCCUUGAACAGAAUAUUUUGCUUUGAAAUGUAUUACAAUUUAACCAGUGAUCAAUUAAAACAAACAAAAUAA